CUUUGUCAUCGUAACGUCCUCCUAGAUUCGGGUAUUUUUCGAGGCCAGGCGAUAUGGGAUAGAUUUUCCUUGCCACCUCCGAUCAUUUGCGUUUUCGUCAUACACUCCUUUCCUGCUAUCGAGGCUGCCUACUAUUUGAAUUAAUUGUUCAGUUUGGCAUCUUUUUGGGAAUCCCCAUUCUACUUCUGUCAAUAAUCUAGGCCUUCCCAUUUCCUGGCCAAUGUGCUGGCCUAAUCACGUGACUUUCGAUUUUGUGAUUGUACACAAACAUGGCGUCGAGUCCAAAGGAUAAGUUUGAGGCAGCGGUGAAAGUAAUUCGUGGUUUGCCCAAGAAUGGUUCUUUCCAGCCUUCCCAUGAGCUUAUGCUCAAAUUUUACAGCUAUUUCAAGCAAGCCACAGAAGGACCCUGCACAUCUCCAAAGCCAGGUUUCUGGGAUUUGGUCAAUCGCAAGAAAUGGGAGGCGUGGACCGAUUUGGGUAAAAUGGAAAGCGAGGAGGCCAUGCUGCUGUAUGUGGAUGAGUUGAAAAAAGUGAGCAUUCAUGUCCGGGAAACUCUGUACCCACCGCAGAUUGUGGAGACGAUGCCUCAGACGGAGGCGGUGACGGAGUUCCUUCAGAAGCUGGAUUACUUCUAUGAGAUGGUUGAGGACAGCGAGAACCACAACACCCUCACUGUGCUCGACAAGUCUGUGCCGGCAAACGGGAACGUCGCAACAGCCAACGGCGUCUCUGGAUCAGCAGAGGAAGACGCGGACAAGGGAGAUUACUCUCUUAAUGUGACACAGCUGUUGAAGCAGGACAUGAAGCGCGUGACGGAGAGUACAGGAAUCAUCAGAGCCAAUGGUUUGAAUGGAAAUCACGAUUCAGAUGACCAUGAUAGUCCUGAAGCUGAGACAGAUCGCAUGGAAAAAUAUUUAGUCCACAACACUUCUACGCUGAGGAAGGAUGGAGAGACAGAGGAAGAAGGAGAUGAUGAAGCUGAAGAAGACGAGGAAGAGGAGGAAGGUAAAACAUCACACAGUCACUCAGCGUCCAUAAGCGACAGUGAAACGGAGAAUGAAGAAUUCUGUGAUACGUCGGAUGAACCCAUUGAGAUCAUAACGAGGUCAAUGGUCCAGUCCCUCACAUCCCAUCUCCCUCCACUGUCAGAGUCUGCGUCUUCCUCCACACCUCUCAGCAGCAGCAAGACGGUGCACUUUGGCUCUGCUACACCCAGCACAGAUAGCUUCAGCCCUGGUGGCACUGGGGAUCUCUCGGAUAGUCUGCUCGUGCAUCCUCCAGAGGAGAGUGGUGACAGAUCCGAGUUGAACCUUUCGCUGGCCGGUCACUCCUUUUUGACAGAAAGCCAGGAGGCCAGCCGGCUGGACAUCACCACUUGUCGGGGAGAAGAGGAGGACCGGGAUAGAAGGAAACGGGGUCAGGGGUCAAAGGGCGGGUCCGCUGGCGGUUCAGGAGGUCACGGAGGAGAUGGUGACCCAGACAGCCCGCAGGGCGGGGGUGCUGGCGGUAGUGGCAGUGGUAGCCGCCGGGGUCUGUUUCCCGGGCCCGGCGGGGGAGGUGGGGGGAACCGUGGCUCGGGGAGAGGUGGGGACCACGCAGCGGGUGACCUCAACGAGCAGAUUGUGGUGACACUGCUCAGGCUGCAACACGACAUGAGCGGUGUGUUGAACCGGCUCAACAGCUUGGAGGCCUUGGUCAAGGAAGGACGCGCUGAAAAAGAAAGAAAAAACAGAGUAUCAAAGGGCUGGUGGCCGUUCCCUGAUCUGUCGGUCAAGUCGGCCAUGGUGAUCUUCGUGUGGCCUUUGGUCGUCCAUUGUGUCAUCAGUUACAUCAGCAGGCGGAAGAGGAAACUGAACCGAUGAAACUGUUGGUGUUGUUUUACGGGUGUGUUGUUGAGUCUCGUGCCAGCCUUACUGAUCUCCCACACAUUCCUCUGGGAUCACCUGGACUCUCUGACCACUCACAACGUUCCUGUCACAUUUCUUUGGUGUUUUGCUCUAAUAGUGUAUCAGGUUUCUUGAAAAAAUUCAUUGAGCCAAAAAAUUGCUUCAUGCUUGAAAAUGAUUUGUUUGUGGUGAAAUAAGUGAUAAUAAAUGUCUAUCCUUGUUCUGGGGAGAGAUUUUUAUUGAGGACCCGCAGAACAACUUCCGCUAUGGAAUGAAAAAUGAGUUGACCUGUUUCUUCCAGUUGCACAGUUAGAGUUCAGCAGCAUCGAUUUGUGAGCCUUGAUGUGUGUGUAUGAACGCGCGCGUAUUUGUAUGUAUGAAAAGUGACCAUUGUAGUCUCACAGAAUGUUUUGUGUGCGUGUGGAAAAGAGUGCAAGAGAAAGGGAACUAAUUAUUAUGUCAGAGUGCAUGUCUGCAGAAUGUUCUAACUUUUGUUUGCUGUUUCACUCAUGAGGGAAAAAGGUUGAGGGAAAUAAUUUUUUAUUUGCUACUUGGCUUAAAACUAUUUUAUGGUGGGAAAAAAACAUCAAGUCAUUUCACGGAAACUGAAACUUUAGAUAUAUUACGGUGUAAAGGUUUGUAUUCUUGCUAAAAAAAUAUAAAUUUGUGCCUGUGCUUUACCUCUGACUAAUUUCCACACUUUUACCUUGUGGUGCAAUGACAAUCUUGUUGAGGUAUUCAUGUCUCUAUAGCUUGUUCACUUCAUCUGAUAAAAAAACCGAUCCAAUGAAA